AUGCUAACUUUACAUCAUAAAAUUGCAUCCUAACCAGACUUUACAGUUGAAAAUAGUCCCGAACCCAAAUCUUAAAUAUUUAGGUUUUAAAAGCCUGCUUCAUUUCUGAAUAAUCUAGAACAUCAUAAAAAUGGCUAAACCGAAAACUUUUAAAGUGACAAACCAGAAGGUAUUUAUCAACAAGGGGCACAGACUGAUAGAGUAUAAGAAGUUACAAUCCGAUUUCCGAAGAUUUAAUAAAACUCAUCACAGCAAAUUAAUAAACCAUUAAACUUGAUGCCCGAAUCAAAACACAAUCAACUUAAAGUCUAAUUACAAAAUAUUUUUUCUCAAUAAAAUUCUCUCAGUGAUUCUCACAUCAUAUUGCCAGGACUCCACAAAUAAAGAAGGGAAUCACAUAUGUUUAUUAAAAUGAUUGAGGAGCAGUUGAGCUUCCCCAAUUAGGAAUCCUAAAGAUCAGUGCAAAAUAGAUUCAACAGAAAAGUAAAGAACUCAACUUAAAGUUAAACAGACUUAGAAACUCAAAUAUUAUAAAACAAUCUUGAGAAUUCCCAAUUGGAUGACUUAAAUGCUUAAAGAAAAGUUGAAUUUUAUAAACGUGUGAAGGUAAUUAAUAUGUAAAAUGGGAGAAUAGCCACAGAAGUGAUAAAAGAAGAGGAUGAAUUACAACUUCCUGUAAAAGUUAAAAGAAAAUUUGUUUCUUAAAAAACGAAAUUUUUCCCUGAGAAUUUAAACAAAUGA